GAGCGACGCCAUCCCUGCAAACACAUUCAAGUACUCUCAUUGCUGCGUUGAAAUUCCCUUCUCAAACUAAUAAACAUCUCAGACACGUAACACCAAAACAGACCAUAUAUGUCUCUUCCAACACUCGUAGAUACUAAGGAAAACACCACCAACACUACUUUCCCUAAACUCAAGAUCAAAGAUGGAGGAACACCCUCUUCUUCAGGAGCUCCUUCUUCUUCACGCAACUCUUUCCCUCCCAUAACACAUAACACAGAAGAUAGCGAUGAAGACGUGUUCACUGUUCCAGAUGUGGAAACUGCAGCAAGUGUAGAUUGUGCAGGAAGAAAUCCAUGUAGCAGUAAUGUUAAUGAAAGUAACUCGACAGAUCCACAGAUACAUUAUUGUGGUUUCCCUGGAAAACGGCGUCAGGGAAGAAACCCUGUCGACAAAGAGCAUAGACGCCACAAACGGUUGUUAAGGAACAGGGUUUCUGCUCAACAAGCUCGUGAAAGGAAAAAGGUUUACGUAAAUGACUUGGAAUCAAGAGCUCUGGAGUUGGAAGAGAAGAAUACCAAUUUAGAAGGGCAAAUUUCAACGUUGAUCAAUGAAAACACCAUGCUGCGAAAGGUUCUCAUGAACACCAGGGCCAAAGUUGACCACAACAAUGAAGCGUAGAUAAUUUGUUUAGUUAAAUGAAUAAGGCUUCUAGAAGACUCAGUUGUGUUUAUAGUUUCUUCUUUUAUCAAUUCCUUUUUGUUGGUGAUAACACAACAAAAAAGGUGUGUCUGAAUCUAUAAAAUAUUUAAACCUAGUACUUUGUCUAGUGGUGGAAUCCUUGUAUCCUUAAAAUCUUCCAAAAGUUUUGUAAAAUCUUAAUGUUUCUUUCCUUUAAAA